AUGUCCCUGUCUGCGUCGAAGCUGUACCUGUCGUCCGCUUUUGUGCCUUUCCCUGGCUCCGUUGCCGGCUCGAGCUCUUAUUCUCUGACGUCGAAUUCCGACAUUUGCAUUGCUGACCGGCUGGCUUCUGCUGCAUUUUCACAAAUUGAGGCCGAGAGCGCUCGUCCAUUGUCCGGUUUCUCGAUCGGCGAGGUGUUUUGGCUAGGGGUCCAGGAUACUGCUUAA